UGGAAGAAGCAGCUCUCGGGCCUACGCUGCCAUGAUAACGGGAAGGCCCAAGCAGGGCAUCACCCAUGGCCUGGGCAAUUAUGGGAGGAGGGUCUCGGACAGAGGAUGGGUCCCGACUAAGAGGGAUGGGGCUGGGGGCGACAGCGACCCCUCCUGCCUCUCCCUAGGGGUGCGCAGUCUAGAGGACAACUCCGUCUUCAGAACAAUCCUGCACCUGUCUAUCCAGAUGCCUGUCGUGGCUGAGUCCCAAGAGGACAGUAUAGAGCAAAUGCUGGCGUCCAACCCUGGCAAGACCCCUAUCAGCCUGCUGCAGGAGUAUGGGACACGCAUAGGCAAAACCCCUGUGUACGAUCUACUGAAAGCCGAGGGACAAGCACAUCAGCCCAACUUCACCUUUCGUGUCACUGUUGGAGACAUCAGCUGCACCGGCCAAGGCCCUAGCAAAAAAGCAGCCAAGCACAAGGCAGCAGAGGUGGCACUCCGGCUUCUCAAGAGAGGUAACAUGUUGGAGCCAGCAGCAGCGGAAGAAGCCAGCUCUCCUUUUUCUCUAGAGCCCUUGGCUCAGACCACCGCUCCAGUCAACGCGCCUGUAUCCACCUUGCCGGUUUCGUCUCCCAGAAGUUCUGCAAUGGACAUGAAGUCCCCAGUAUCACCACAGCAGUCGGAGUGCAACCCAGUUGGCGCGCUGCAGGAGCUGGUGGUGCAGAAGGGCUGGCGGCUCCCCGAAUACACUGUUACUCAGGAGUCAGGGCCAGCGCACCGCAAGGAAUUCACCAUGACCUGCCGGGUUGAAAGGUUCAUUGAAAUAGGCAGCGGCACCUCCAAAAAACUGGCCAAGCGCAACGCCGCAGCCAAGAUGCUGGUGCGGAUUCAUAACGUGCCUCUGGACCCGCGAGAGGGCAGUGAGGCCGAAAUGGAGGAAGACCAGUUCUCUAUUAUUGCAGGAACCAAGGUGGAUGGAGUAAAGGGGCGGGGGUCUGGCUGCACCUGGGACUCUCUGCGCAACUCGGUUGGGGAGAAGAUCCUGCACCUCAAAAGCCAUCCCCUGGGAGUGCUGAAUGCUGGGUUCUGCAGCCUCUUGCAGGAGCUGUCUGAAGAACAGAGCUUUGAUAUUAGCUACCUUGACAUCGAUGAGAUGAGUUUAAGCGGCCUGUACCAGUGCCUGGUGGAGCUCUCAACACAGCCAACCACAGUGUGCCACGGCUCAGCCAUGUCCCGCCAUGCCGCACGUGCAGAUGCUGCCCGCAAUGCCCUUCAGUACCUGAAGAUCAUGGCAGGGGGCAAGUGAGGCCACACGGAAGACUCUGGGCACCUGCGAUUCCUCAAAACAGCUUGUCUCCAUCUUCCAGCCUGCUAAAGGAUGUACCCUUAUUUUUGCCCAUCUUUUAUGGGCAGGGGCACCGACCUCCCUGAUGUUCUGUGGAGGGUGGAGAGGGGGCUGUGCUUCAAAACUGAAUUCAAGACUCGGAGAGGGGUUUGCUGUACCUGCAGCAGAGACUAGGCUCUCAGAGACUUGUAGCUCUGAGCGCUAAGUGCUGGGGGGGGGGGCUGCUGGGAGGUCAGGGUAGUCCCACCUCUGUGGGUCACCUGAUGCCAGUCACCUUGUUUUUCCCCUCGUUGUUGAGGGACAAACACUGACCAUUUCUGCCAUAACUGGGAGUUGCAAUAAACCAGAUUUUUUUUUUAUAA